GGACGCAGAACGGGGCUCCACGGCUUGUGCGUCUCUAUGGUUGUCAGAGGUGGGCGGCAUUCUCCGAGUUGCUGCUAAAGCUGGAGCGCGGACGGGAUGUUUCGUCUUAACGCCCUUUCUGCGUUGGCAGAGCUAGCCGUGGGCUCUCGCUGGUACCAUGGAGCAUCACAGCCCGCACAGACCAAACGAAGACUGAUGUUGGUGGCGUUCCUGGGAGCAUCUGCAGUGACUGCAAGUACCGGUCUCCUAUGGAAGAAGGCUCACGCAGAGUCUCCACCAUGCGUCAACAGCAAGAAGGCUGACCCGGGAGAGAAAGGGAAAACCAAAGACAGCGGGGAAGUGUCCAGCCAUGAAGGAAGGGCUGCAGAUGCUGUGGCUGAGCCUUACCCUGAGGAGAAGAAGAAGAAGCGUUCUGGAUUCAGAGACAGAAAAGUACGGAGCAGAGUUUUGCUAGUGUAUCAGAACUGUGUCCUAGCGGGGAGUCAGGCUGCCCGUCUCCUAGUCACGGUCCCUCCUGAGCUUCUCACCUCUUUAUUAUUGCU